AUGCCAGGAAAAUACGUCGAAAAAUACGACCAGGUCCCGGUGACCAAGGAAGACCUUGACUGGGCCGAACUUAUUACACUGGAUCUCAGCCUGUAUGAACAACCAGGAGGAAAAGAAGAUCUUGUGAAACAACUUGAUCACGCUGUCAGGAAUGUUGGAUUCUUCUAUGUGAAAAAUUUCAACAUCAGCCAAGAAGAAAUUGACAACCAGUUCGCUCUGGGACGGGAGUUCUAUGCCCUACCACUGGAAGAGAAACUCAAGUUCCACAGCGCCAGUGACCUCGAAAGGGGUGAAUACAACUCUUACCGUCCUGCCGGACAUCGCAUUCUAGGAAAUGGUAUUAAGGAUAAUAUCCAGGUGUACAAUCUCCCAAAGUUUGACGGUCACCACGUUCGGCCCCAGCCUUCUGUCCUUGCCGACAAUCUUCAAGAAAUUGAAACGUUUAGUCGGGUAGUUUCUCCUUUACCAAAAAUGAUCGAUUGCUUCCACUCACCAAAUCUACAGAAAUGUCACACCGAAGUCGUUGAGAAGCUUCUCCGUCUUUUCGCAAUCCUGCUUGAGUUACCCGACGAAGACCAACUUGUCCGUGACCAUCAAUACGAUGUCAAGGGCGAGGACCAUCUGCGCUACAUGCACUAUGCAGCCCGUAGCGCCGAGGAAAACAAGAAGGUUGGCGAGCUCUACACCCCCGGCCACACAGAUUUGGGAACCGUCACUCUUUUGUUCCGGCAACCGGUAGCCGCACUGCAAAUCCUCAAUUCAGAGGGUCAAUGGAAGUGGGUUAAGCCCCAGGAUGGAACUAUCACUAUCAACACAUGUGAUGCCUUGACGGCGCUCACUGGUGGUUUGAUCAAGUCGAGCAUCCAUCGGGUACAUGCACCACCUGCUGACCAGGCCCAUAUUGACCGUCUGGGUGUGCUCUACUUUGCUCGCCCCAACAACCACGUGGUCCUGGACCCUAUUCAGAACAGCCCUCUUCUCCAGAGACUUGGGUUGACUACCAACGCGUUCACUGAACUUGGGCAGCACCUCACAACCGAGCAGUGGGUUCAGCUUCGCCAAACACAGCAGCAGCGAAGAAAUCGGGAUGUCAAGGUUUCCACCGAGGGCAAGUAUACCUAUAGGCCGAAGGAUCUCGAGAUCAUUCCUGGCCUUCAGGCCGCUAUAUACAACUAG